CCAGCCCACUCAAAACCCUAAUGAUAUAAUAAAACAAAAAGGAGAGAAGGGAAUGAGAGAAUGAGAGCAAAAUAAUUAAACUAAAGUCCAUCUCCCCCUUUCUUCAAUUCCCUUUCCUUCAAUUAAUUCUCCCAUCUUUCUCUUUUCCCCUUUCCUUCCUCGACCAUCUCUCUCUCUCUCUCUCACACACACACACACACAGAGAUUGUAGCUAGUAGUAUUCUCUCCUUAGUGUGAUUCUCCAUAUUUUCCACCCAAAAAAGAGAGAUAAGAAAAAAAAAAAAAACCCACCGUGCCUUUAUAAAAAGAGAAAAAGAUCAAAAACCAUGGUUUUCUCAUCAAUUCCAGUCUAUCUAGAUCCCCCCAAUUGGCAGCAGCACCAUCAUUCCAGUAAUCAACAUGGAAGCAACAGCGGCAGCUGCGAAAACCCCCAGCUUCUGCCGCCACAGCAUGUGGGCGGCGGAAGCACGGGCUCCAUCAGACCGGGAUCAAUGGCUGAUCGUGCCCGUCUGGCGAAGCUACCGCUGCCCGAGGCGGGGCUCAAGUGCCCGCGAUGCGAAUCAACCAACACCAAGUUCUGCUACUUCAACAACUACAGCCUCACGCAGCCCCGGCACUUCUGCAAGACGUGCCGGCGGUACUGGACCAGAGGCGGCGCCCUACGGAACGUCCCUGUGGGCGGUGGAUGCCGAAGGAACAAGAAAUCCAAACGCAGCAGCUCCAAAUCCCCAGCUUCCGGUGGCGUAAACUCUAGCACAUCAUCAGCAAGUGCAGUACUUUCCCCAGACAUGAUGAUUGGUCAGCUGCCACGGGAAUCAUCGCAGUUACCCUUCCUGUCCUCUUUGCAAACCUUAGCAGGAGGUCCGUACGGGUCUGGGAAUAUAGGGUUGAACCCUAGUUCUGGACUUGGCAUCACUCACCCGCCGCCAAUCACGGUUGCAGCUAGUGGUUCCGGGGAGACCAGUAUGGAGUUUCAGGAUAUGGGAAUAGCUUCUGGUGGCAGCAUUUUAUCCGGGGGAGGAGGAGAGCAAUGGCGUUUGCAGCAAAUGCAGCAAUUUUUCUUGGGUGGAUUCGAGCAGCCUUUAUUUCCGAGCUUCCAGAGUGAACAAUUUGAAGACGGCUUGGGGAUCCGAUCGAAGAUGACGGGCCAUGGGGCGACCCAGAUAGAUCCUGAAGUGAAAAUGGAAGGAAGUCAAGCUGGGCUGAAUCUGUCGAGGCAAGUUUUUGAUGUUUCAGAAAACACUCACUGCUUCUGGGGUGGAAGCAAGUGGCCAGAUCUCUCAGCUGGUCUCUACAGCUCUCCUUCUUCCACUACCCAUCUCUUAUAAAUUCGUCGAUGGUCCGGCCUCCGCCUUUGAGUUACUUACUGAUCCUGAUCGUCAACAAGGAUAAUUGACAAACCCCGUCUUGUGAUCAUGAUCGAUGGACCAACCGACCGACCAGCAAGUUAGAAACCAAGGGAUAGAAACUCAUGAUGAUGCUUUUAUAUGUUAUGUUAUAUAUAGUCUUUGUUUAUUAAAUGUUUGCAGCUUUCGAUCUGCAGCAUUUUCAUGGACUUGUUAAUUUUGUGGCGAAGUUAUGUUAUGUGUGGUUUCUGGUUAUGGAUUGAGCUUGUUGUCUCUGACAUAAUGAUCAUCUUUCUUCUAUAGAAGAUGUGUUAAUUAACUUGUUUUACUCUUCUUCUU